AUGUUAUUAUCGUCAAGUGUUGUACGCUCGUGUCGUAUCUUAGCAACACAACUAUCCUCUCGUAUCUUAGCAACGCAGUCGUCGUUUCACAAUCCAUCAGAACACAAUUGUGUGAUCAGAUCUUUACACACCACGCCAUGUAACCAUGACAACGAAACUCACUUCGGUUACCAGACUAUACCAGAAUCAGAGAAAGAGAGCAAAGUAAAGGAGGUUUUCGAGCGAGUGGCCGACACAUACGAUCUAAUGAACGAUGCUAUGUCACUCGGAGUACACCGACUUUGGAAGGAUCAUUUUGUUACAUCAGCAGCUCCAAAACCAAACUAUAAAUGUCUCGAUGUAGCGGGAGGGACGGGGGACAUUGCCUUCAAACUUCAUAAUCACAUGAGUAACAUAAAUAGGGACUGUGAGAAAAUAGUUGUGUGUGAUAUCAACAAGGAGAUGUUGAGAGUGGGUCAGGAGAGAGCCAAGGAGUCAGGAGCUGAGGAUGCUUAUAUCUGGUUGGAAGGAAAUGCGGAGCUGUUAGAACUCCCGGACAACACCUUUGAUUUGUACACGAUAGCGUAUGGCAUUAGAAACUGCACACACAUUGAGAAAGUGUUAGAGGAGGCGUACAGAGUGUUGAAACCCGGCGGUAGAUUUAUGUGCUUGGAGUUUAGUGAGGUCAAUAACCCUGUUUUAUCUCAAGUUUAUGAGAAGUACUCUCACGAUGUCAUACCAGUUUUGGGGCAAGUUAUUGCAGGGGAUUUUGAAUCUUAUCAGUAUUUAGUUGAGAGUAUUAGAAAGUUUCCUAAUCAGGAAACGUUUGCUGAAAUGAUUGCUGCUGCCGGUUUUGAGAUUGUCGAGUAUGAAAACUUAACUUUCGGUGUAACUGCCAUACAUUCUGGUUAUAAACUUUAAGGUUUAGUGAAUUUGAAUGGUCUGUAAAUAAUGUUUGUUUCGCCGGGUAAAUAUUGGACAGUGACCGAACUUGUGUAAUGAAAAGUAAGGGAUUGGUCAUCAACUUCUACUUUAAAGUUUGUUUAGAAUUUACUGUUGAGCAUGAGCUUGUUCAUUGCUUCUCUAUUUUAAGAA